AGCUGAUAUAUAAAGUUGAAAGCUGAGCCUUGUAGGACUCUUGUAGUAUCAGGACUGAGACAUUUUCCCUAAACAAAAUGAUUUUGUACCUUCUGUUUACUGCUUUUAUAGGUUUGGCAAUUUUGCCGUUAUGCCUCUACUUAAGAAAUCCUUAUGUUUGGAAAGAUUUAGGUUAUGCAGUUACUUCAAUACAAAUUGCUUUACGCAUGAGUAAAAUCAAGAAACAGAAACCAUUUUACAGCAUUUUGGAGUGUUUUUUGGAGAAAGUGGCGAGACAGCCGCAUAAGAAGUUCAUAGUUUUUGAGGAAAGCUCUUACACCUACAGCCAAGCCGACAAAGAAAGCAACAGAGUAGCAAGAGCUCUGUCAACUCAUGCUGGCCUGAAGGAGGGGGACACGGUGGCCUUGUUCAUGGGCAACGAGCCGCACUAUGUGUGGAUCUGGCUCGCACUGGUCAAGCUUGGAUGCACAGCUUCUCUUCUGAACAACAACAUCAGAUCCAAAUCUUUGCUACACUGCUUCUCCUGCUGUGAAGCCAAGGUCCUGGUCGCUGGUGCUGAUGGACAUAAGAGGGACAAUGACAGAGAUCAUAAAGUUCGAUUGGCUUUGGGGAAUGGGAUCCGGGCCGACACCUGGGCUGAAUUCCUGCAGCGAUUUGGGGAUAUUCAUAUUUGUGAAUGCUACGGAUCGACAGAAGGAAAUAUCGGCUUUAUCAACUAUGUUGGGAAGAUAGGGGCCGUUGGCAAAGAACAUUUUAUACACAAAAUGAGAUAUCCAUAUGCCCUUAUAAGGUAUGACCCAGAGAAAGAGGAGCCAGUCAAAGACUCCAGAGGAUUUUGUAUCAGAGUCCCCAGAGGAGAAACUGGUUUGUUGGUGUCAAAGAUCGGAGAAAGAACACCUUUCAGUGGCUACGCCAAGAACGAGCACCAUACAGAGAAGAAGAGGCUGAGAGAUGUGUUUGUGAAGGGAGAUCUGUACUUCAACAGCGGUGACCUUCUAAAGAUAGACAACGAGGGAUUUGUCUUCUUUCAAGACCGUGUUGGAGACACCUUCAGGUGGAAAGGAGAAAAUGUGGCAACCACAGAAGUGGCAGAUCUUUUGCUCAUGGUGGACUGCAUUGAGGAGGCUAAUGUCUAUGGAGUGAAGGUGCCAGGACACGAGGGAAGAACUGGAAUGGCAGCACUCAAGCUUAAGGAAAACAUGGACUUUGACAGUAAAGCUACAUACCAGCACGUCCAAAAUUUCCUCCCCAGCUAUGCAAGACCACGCUUCAUUCGCAUACAGGACAGAAUGGCAAUGACUGGGACAUUUAAACAAAUUAAGGUGACACUGGCAGAGGAGGGCUUCAACCCUACCAUCAUCAGAGACCCUUUGUUCUACCUGGAGAACAAUAAGGGCUACGUACCCAUGACUCCGGAGAUAUUCGACUCCAUCUCAGAUGGAAGAAUGAGCCUGUGAAAGACUUCAGUGUUUUUAUUGGAAAGCCAACCUUAAAUAAUACAUCUGAUUUUAGUUUUAGCUGAUAGGAGGACCACAGUGUACUGAAAUGUUUAAAGGGGUAUAAUUUUGUUUAAAAUACUUUGAAUAAAAAAUAUUUUAAAGACAUGAUUGUAAAUGAGCAAAGUAAUCCCAAGUCACUGACACAUUAAAGUUGCAGUCAUCACUUUGCCA